ACAAAGCUAGUUGAGUGGUGUUUGAUUUGGGACAUAUUUACUUUGGAAGAUAGGCAACAACAGCCCAGCACCAAAGUUCACUUUGAAACUGUGCUGACGACCUUGGCUGAUUUCAUCUCUGCAACAACGCUUCUCAGAAACACAGAGCUUUAGCUCUGCCAAAAUGAAAUGCCCAUUCCAACCCUUCAUUGUUUCUCUCAUAAUAACAUCUGUGUGUGGGCACGACGGCCUGGUGGAGCAGCCUGAGAAAGGAGGGAAAGGUUCCAAGUCUGUGGAUCCCCAAUGGGGGCAGCUAAAAGACAAAAACCUGAGCAUGCCCCUUCUUCCUGCUGACUUCCACAAGGAGAACACGGUCACCAAUGACUGGAUCACAGAGGGGGAGGAGGACGAGGAUUACCUAGAUCUGGAGAAGCUGUUCAAUGAAGACUACAUUGACAUCAUCGACGUGGUUUUGCCGACAGAUUCAGAGGCCAGUGCUGGGAACAUCCUCCAGCUCUUCCAGGGCAAGAGCCGGAUUCAGCGUCUUAACAUCCUCAACUCAAAGUUCGCUUUUAACCUUUACCGAGCACUGAGGGAACACACCAGUACUUCCGACAAUAUCUUCAUAGCCCCAGUGGGCAUUUCUACCGCCAUGGGUAUGAUUUCCUUGGGCCUGAAGGGGGAGACUCACGAACAAGUGCACUCAAUUUUGCAUUUUAAAGAUUUUGUCAAUGCCAGCAGCAAGUAUGAGAUCAUGACUGUUCAUAAUCUCUUCCGUAAACUGACUCAUCGCCUCUUCAGGAGGAAUUUUGGAUACACACUUCGGUCAGUCAAUGACCUUUACAUCCAGAAGCAGUUUCCAAUCCUGAAUGACUUCAAAACUAAAGUAAAAGAAUACUACUUUGCUGAGGCCCAAGCAGCUGACUUCUCAGACCCUGCCUUCGUAUCAAAAACCAACGACCACAUUCUGAAGCUUACCAAGGGCCUCAUUAAAGAUGCUCUGGACAAUAUAGACCCAGCCACUCAGAUGAUGAUUUUAAACUGCAUCUACUUUAAAGGAUCCUGGGUAAAUAAAUUCCCAAUGGAGAUGACCCACAACCACAACUUCCGGCUGAAUGAGCGAGAGGUGGUCAAGGUUUCCAUGAUGCAGACCAAGGGGAACUUCCUGGCGGCAAAUGACCAGGAGCUGGACUGCGAUGUCCUGCAGCUGGAGUACGUGGGGGGCAUCAGCAUGCUAAUUGUGGUCCCGCACAAGCUGUCUGGAAUGAAGACCCUCGAGACACAGCUGACGCCCCAGGUGGUGGAGAGAUGGCAGAAAAGCAUGACAAACAGAACUCGAGAGGUAUUCUUGCCCAAAUUUAAGCUGGAGAAGAACUACAACCUGGUGGAGGCCUUGCAGUCAAUGGGGCUCACAGCGCUGUUUGAUAAAAACAGCAACAUGACAGGAAUCUCAGACAACAGGAUCACCAUCGACUUGUUCAAGCACCAAAGUACCAUCACAGUGAAUGAGGAGGGCACCCAAGCUGCUGCUAUUACCACGGUGGGGUUCAUGCCGCUGACAACUCAAGUCCGUUUCAUGGUUGACCGCCCCUUCCUGUUCCUCGUCUACGAGCACCGUACCAGCUGCCUGCUCUUCAUGGGGAAAGUUGCCAACCCCACCAAGUCUUAAAGGUGGAGGUCUGGGUGUCUCAAGUUUUGGGAGCACUCUGUAAUUGCUCCCAUUCUAACAAGGAGAACAGAGACGUGUGGCAUCAUGCCCUUUGUGGUUUAUGCUACCAUUCUGAAAUUGAGGCCCACAUGAGAGAAGAAAUUUAGCAACAACUGAGAAGCUUGCUGAAAUCAAUUCUGCAUAGUGAACAAUGCUGUCAGUUCAUAGAAGUUAAUGUACCUACUGUAGCGUGUCCGCUGUUACCUAGAGGAGCAACAUACAGACUGGCUUACCUCCCUGGGCACUUCCUUCCCUGUAGCCCCCAUCCUUGCACAUCUGGAUCUAUUACUCAAAG